AUGGCUUGUCCUUUUCUGCAAGGCACCCUCGCGGUGCCGCCCCGGCCGAUCUCGGUGGAGCAAGAAUUUGCCAACAUCCGCGAACAGUACCCGUCUCUAUCUUCCACCGGCUGCACUACGAAUUUCUGCCAGUCCGGCCGGAUGACGCAUUUGGACGAGGAGCGUGUUGGUCGGAACCAGUCGUACGCCCAAGUCCGCGAAGAUGCCCUCGACUUCCUGCAGCAGAUGUACAAGGAUGGGCUCCUUACCGUGGAGCAACUGCACCACCGCGCGCAGGAAGUCCUCCAGGAGAUUCAACAGAACUCGAUGGAGGGAAAGUUUUCGACAACUUCGGACCACGGAGCGGAGGCUUCACCAGCCACUUCGGACGGUCUGGUCGGUGGUCUCUGGACUCAGACAUUUGAGGAGCUUGAGUUUGGUCUGCGGACGGCGUGGAAACACGCGCGAAAGUGCAUCAUGAGAUCGGAGUAUAGGAACUUGAGGCUCUGUGACUUGCGGCAUGUCCGGACCAGCAAGAAGAUGGCUGAGACUCUGAUUGAGAAUCUGAAGGUGGCUUACAACUCGGGCGAAAUCAACCCAACAGCAUUCGUAUUUCCUCCUAGAGACAUCAACGGCCGCGGCCCCAUGAUCUGGAACUCACAACUGUUGUCAUUCGCAGGAUAUCAACAAUCCAACGGCGAAAUCCUCGGAGAUCCUGCCAACGUCGAACUCACCAACGCCAUUAUCGAGCUCGGCUGGACACCGCCUCGAUUUCGCUCACAAUGGGACCUACUUCCCCUCGUCACGAUGGCAGAAGGAGAGCAGCCCGUCAUCACCGAGCUUCCCAAAGAUGCAUUCCCGCUGGUACGCAUUCGUCAUCCAAAGCAUCCCGGGCUCGAAACCCUUGGCUUGCGUUGGGUUCCCGCGCCAGCACUCAGCCGUCUUGGCUUCAGCAUCGGCGGCGUGCAAUACACCGCGGCGCCUUUCAUCGGGUGGUUCAUGGAUGCUGAGAUUGGCGUUCGUAAUCUCGCAGAUUCUUUCCGUUACAAUGCCCUCCCACAGGUCGCCAAGGCUAUCGGCUUGGUUGAGGGAGAUGUAGAUGAUUUGCCUGACUACGAGCGUCUGGCCGUGCUGUCUCGCGCACAGCUGGAGCUCAACUACGCCACGUACUGGUCCUUCGCUCAGGCCGGCGUCAGGAUGUCGGAUUCUCUCGGCGCAGCAGAGCAAUUCGCCCAAUUCGACGACGAGCAUCUCAUGAACAACGGCUUCCGCCUCCCCUCAGAUCCAUACUGGCUCGCUCCUCCUCAAGGCUCAAUCAUCCCACUCUGGCAUCGCGGAGGCUCACCAAACUACCAGCCGAAGCCUCUCAUCUGCCGUCACGCGAAGGAUCCCGUCAAAGCCUGGCGUCGUGAACGGCAGUCCCUCCGUGUCCGACCCUCCCUCCCGUCGGACACGAAACUCAACAUCUCGAUCCCGGUACCAUCCAUCUCCCUCACAAGACCCCUAACGCCAGUAUCACCCUUCGGUACCGCCUUCUUGCCCGUGCCCCCGCCUGUCAGACCUCUCACGCCCCUGACUCCGCUGUCACCGCGGGGGCCCGGGCGCAGGAUCUAUAUCGGCUUCUGCAGCUCGGGCAACCUCGCGAUCAAGCUCUGCAAGAGGCUGUGCGCGCAGCUGCAGCACGCGUGCGAGGUCAACCCCAAGCUGGGCACCGUCAUCGCCCCGUGCACGCUCAACGCGCUUCCCGUCUCCAUGAUCGAGGCCGACGACGUGCUCAUCAUCGUCGCCAGCACCACCGGCCGAGGAGAGAUGCCGCAGAACGGCAAGGCCUUCGCCGAUGCGCUUGCGAGGAAUCCGGCGCUUCUCUCGUGCCGGUACGCCAUCUUUGCGAACGGCUCGCUGGAGUAUCCCGACACAUACAACCAGGCUGCUAUGGAUAUUGAGGAGUUGAUUAGCAAGGGCGAUGCUCAGAGGCUCAUCGGCAUGCGCGAAGCCGAUACUGGCGCUGAGAAUCCGCCGUGGUCUGUUCUCGGGCAGUUCUUCAACCAGUGCCUUACCGCGCUGCAGAGGGCUAGUCCGGAUGUUGCGGAAACGGACGAGGCGCAGCGGAUUAUUCGACCCAUCAGACCCUUCGACACCAGGCCGUGGUUCCAGGCAAAGGUCGUCGGCAAACCCGUUAUGGGAGCCACCACGGACGGUAUGAAGAGAGUAACCUUGGACCUGGGAGACCGCGAGUACCCCACCAUGGGCAGUCUGUGGAUUCUUCCGCCGAAUUCUGAGACCAAGGUCUCCCGUGUGCUUGAAGCUCUUGGGGUGCGGGAUGACGAGCUUCUGGAGCUUCCGGGGAAGCCCAAGGUUGGUGGCUUUUUGCUGCGGUUCGCAGACUUGCAGCAGCCGUUCAAAUCUACAGCGUGGGCAGAAGGGCUCUCACUCUUGCGCCCUGGGAGUCUGGCCAAGAUGCCCAUUGAGGACGCAGUUCACUUGAUGCCUUCGAAUUGGAGGCAAAUUGUGUCCCUUGACGUACUCUGCAGCGCGAUGCCGACCAUUCAGCCGAGGGAGUAUUCCAUCGCCUCCGACGGCUCACGAACCAAGCGCGCGGAUGGAAACACGCUGGACUUGCUCGUUCAAUACCACAAAGAUGGGAAGUUCUCGGACAGGUUUCUCAACUGCUUCGAGUCAUUCGGGCCACUGACCUGCAAGAUUCGCCCCUCGGCUCACUUGGAGGACAUUGCCCGGAACACAGACAAGCCGAUGAUCAUCUUCACGACGGGCUCCGGCAUGGCCCCGGUGAGGGGCCUCCUGCAGAACCGCAACCACCAGGCAGAGUCCGCCACGGGUUCCUCAAAAUGCCCUUCCAUCAGCCUCUUCGCGGGAUUCAAGGCGUCCGACGAGGCUCUCGUCCGCGAGGCCAUGCAGGAGGCCGACGACCGGGGCGUGUUUGAUGUGUUGAGGCUUACCGGCAGUAACCAGGAGAAGAAACGAGCGCAGGAUGCGAUGCUCGAGCCGGGCGUGAGAGAGAAGCUGAAGAAGAGUGUCGAGGAUGGGGCGCUUGUGUUUGCGUGUGCGAGACCGAGAGCUGUUGAUGAUUUCUUGAGCAAUUUGAGCGAGGUGUUGGGGCGCGAUGCGAGGGAAGCUUUGGGCGAUCGCUUUGUUGCUGAUGUUUACCAGCCUGCUAUCUGA